AUGCUUGAAGAGAUUUACUUAUUUUGUAGCAUCAGUCACGCUGAUCUAGCAAAUCAGCCAUCGAUCUCGAUGGCUAUAACGGGGUAUACUGUAAGCCAUCGACAUACAGUUUCAUUUUGCCGGCGCAACUUAACUGAGAAAUAUCCAUCGAUUGCCUGUCCAGUCAAUGGUUAUUUAAGUUCUGGAUUUGCUUUGUUACAGAAUGCUAUCGACCGUGCUAUUACACAAAUAGCUGCUGGUAUCCCAGAUUCAUUCCCAGAAUCAAAAUUUCAAUUUCAGUUAAUGCCAAAAGGCAGUUUUACGUCUGGAAUUGGGUAUCUACAAAUUUUUAUAUCCAUCUAUUAUGUUAUGGCAUAUUCUCCAUUUGUCAACUUUUUACUAGUUGGGCUAGUAACAGAGAAAGAGAAGAAGAUUAAAGAGGGAAUGAAAAUGAUGGGAUUACGUACUACUGCCUUUUGGCUUUCCUGGUUUAUAACUUAUGCCUUAACUAUAUUGGUUACUACCAUUGUUGUCACCAUUAUUUCUUCAGUUGCCAAUCUUUAUAAACUUGCCAAUCCAUUCAUUAUUUUUCUCCUCAUAUUCUUAUAUGGUUUAUCAAUUAUCACUUUCUCCUUUAUGCUUACACCAUUAUUCAACAAAGCUACAGUUGCAGGAGGUAUUGGCUCUCUAGCAACUAUAGCAUUUACAGCCUUGUACUUUCCGAUUACGUUAUUGCCAACUACUCCAGUAGCAAAAUGGCUUCUUUCAUUGCUAUCGCCUGUUGCUUUAGCAUUAAGUCUAAGUCAGGCAAUCGCAUUAGAAACUACAGUGGGUGUCCAAUUUAACAAUUUAUGGGUUGGAGAAUUUCCUAUCGGUGGUGGUCUUCUGAUGCUGGGCAUAGAUAUUUUUCUGUAUUUACUCUUAGCAAUUUACUUCGAUAUGAUCGUGCCUAAAGAAUAUGGUCAAACGUAUCAUCCACUAUUUUGCUUUUCUCCAUCAUUUUGGAGCGGAAACACAACUACUCCUGGAGUAGCUGUUACUGAGUCAUCAAACAUUAGUAAAAAUGCUGAUGUUGAAGAUAUAUCUGCCGAUUAUCGUGGCAAAGAAGCAAUAAGGAUUACUGGAAUUACGAAAACAUUCAUCGAUUCUUCCUCGAAAAAUAAGAAAGCUUUUAAUGCCGUUGAUAAUUUCCAUCUGGAUGUUUAUGAGGGACAAAUAACAGCUUUACUAGGACAUAAUGGUGCUGGAAAAACUACCCUUAUUGCUGCUUUAACUGGCUUACUGCCAACAACCAGUGGAACAGCGCAUAUAUAUGACUAUGAUAUAAACAAGCCUGAAGAAAUGAUGAAAAUAAGAGAGAUUACUGGUGUUUGCCCACAACAAGAUAUUCUAUUCGAUACCUUAUCGGUUAGAGAGCAUCUGGUUGUUUUUGCCACAAUAAAAGGAAUACCAAAUGAUCAAAUUGAUGAGGCUGUGAACAAAACGUUAGAUGAUAUUUUGUUAACAGAAAAAGCAUCUACUAGAGCUACUGAUCUUAGUGGAGGUCAAAAACGAAAACUCUGCGUCGGUAUAGCCUUAAUUGGCGAUCCAAAGGUUGUAUAUCUAGACGAACCAACUAGUGGUAUGGAUCCAUUGUCGCGUCGUCAGAUUUGGGCACUUUUGCAAAGCCGCCGUGAAGGUAGAGUUACUUUGUUAACUACGCACUUCAUGGAUGAAGCUGAUAUCUUGGCUGAUCGAAAAGCCGUAGUAUCAAAGGGCAAAUUGCGAUGUGCUGGAUCAUCCCUAUUUCUUAAAAAUCGUUUCGGAAUCGGUUAUCAUUUAGGAAUGGUCGGUAAUCAAGAUAGUAAUAUUGAUAAGAUAUCACGGGUAGUCCAUGAUCAUAUACCAAAGGCUACCUUACAAAGAUCGCACGCCGGAGAAAUAUCAUAUCUACUGCCAUUAUCUGAUGUUCGUAACUUCCCUGAUCUCUUUGCUCACUUGGAAAGUCCUGCUAAUGAAGGCUCAUCCGUUACAUGCGCACAAGAUUGCGGUGUGUCAAGUUAUGGAAUUUCAAUGACUACGCUAGAAGAAGUCUUUUUAAAAUUAAAGGAUGAUGCUACAGCUGAUGACUUGACAUCCGUAAAUAAAUCGCCAAUGACUGGAGCUUCUAAUGAUGAAGAGGGCACCACACAUGAGAGCACAUUCGAUUUCAGAAAUAUUAAUCGCUUAUCAGGCAGAGAUCUCAUUCGACAACAGUUCAAAUCGUUGCUAAAGAUUCGAUUUUUAAUUAACCGCCGAGAUCCUUUAGCGGUGUUCUUCCGGCUAAUGUUGCCUCCUGUGUUUAUAAUCCUUGGUCUAGUCUUUGCCAAUAAUAUUACUAGCAUCACUAAUACUCAACGUGAUCCUCCGACUAUAAACUUAGCGCCGAAUCUCUACGUAAAUGGAACCCUUCCUCCUUCUCGACUUCUGAAUUCUAAAUUGUUGAUAAGAAAUUCCACAUUUGGCCAAAUCAAUUUAUUCUUAAGCAAUAUGCAAGCCUCUGGGCUUUACUAUCAAAUGAGUAAUUUAUCAGCUGAUUACCUGUUGGAUAAUUACCCGCAUACUUUAGGUUAUGAUGUACUAACAUUACAAAACACUACUGCUGGAAUAUCUUCUGAUAUUGGUGUAAUGUAUAACGAUACAGCUUUACAUAGCAUACCUAUUGCAAUAAAUAUUAUCAAUCAGAUGAGAUACAAUAUUGAAAUGAUGAAAAGCAAAGGCACUGCUGCCGGAAGUGCAGCUAUUCAUGUUGCCAGCAAACCGUUCCCCAAGCUACAAUCAAGCGGACAAUAUAAUGCUGGGGCUUUUAGUGCUCCAUUAUUUAUCGGUCUAGCAUUGAAUAUCAUUCCAGCAGGAUUUGCAAUCGAAAUUGUUCGAGAUAGAAAGAAUAAUGUACGCCAAUUACUUAGAGCAUCUGGUGUGACAAGCGGAAUGUACUGGUUCUCUACUCUAGCAUGUGAUUUUCUCUCGUAUUGUGUACCUGUUAUUCUUAUGCUGAUUAUGAUACCGAUCUUAAGAGUUGCCUCAUUUACCGUUCCGGCCGCUAUGGGAGCCUUAUUUUUAACUACUAUAUCCUACAUGUCGUCGAAUAUCUUGUUUUCGUACGCAUCGUCAUUCCUAUUUUCUUCAGUUGAUACUUGCCAAUCGGUGCUACCGCCACUCUUUAACCUUGCCCUUUUAUUGCCAACUAUUGGCGUUUCUAUGCUAGACAUGUUCGGACAAACCCAAAUUGCGUUAAUAAUUCAUUUUGUUAUGGUUGUGAUAAAUCCUGUUUAUCCAAUUGGUGGAGCGGUAUAUUACAUUGGUCAGGUUUAUGCUAGACAAAUUUUCAUAUCUGAUGGAAAACCGAUCUCGGCUAAUGCGUACUUCAGUCCCUCAAGUCCUAUUCCUUAUUGCAUCCUCUUGCAUAUUUUAAGUCGGUUGGUCGUAGCUGUACAAAUUUUAUCACCUGUUUACUUAGUAAAUCGCUAUCAUUACACAUUAUCCAACUUUAACCGUGUUGUGCAAGGCAAUCAAAUCUCAAAAAAUACGACCCAACCAAGUUCUGAAGUAACAGAUGCCACAGAAUUGAUUAGUAAUGCAGCGUCGAUGUCAGCUGAUGAUGAUGUUCGAGAUGAAUAUCAACGAUUGAAAUCCUCAUCGAGUGGCAACGAUGUGCUAUCGGUACGGCAUCUACGCAAAGAAUUUAUUAAGCGCCCUGAUGUUAAUGACAAGCGAACGGGAUGCUGUAAUGUAGAAAAAAAGAAAAUGGCUGCCGUGGAAGAUUUGUACUUUGGUGUAGCCCCUGGUGAAGUUUUUGGGCUUCUUGGGCCUAAUGGUGCAGGGAAAACGACUACACUGAAUAUUAUCACUGGCGACAUGUCAGCCACUAGAGGCGAGGUUUGCAUUGCUGGGCAGGAGUUAGCUUCAAAUAUUACACAUGCUCUAAGAAGUCUAGGUUUUUGUCCACAACAUGAUGCUUUAUGGGAACGCGUAACCCUCCAUGAACAUUUAACUACAUAUGCAGCCAUUAAAGGAAUUCCACUAGAUCAAAUCGAAGGUGCUGUCAGCAGAUUUAUUUCAGGAAUGGACCUUCAGGAUCAUAGAGAUAAAUUUUCCAAGAAUCUUUCCGGCGGAACUAAAAGAAAGUUAAGUUUUGGAAUGAGCAUUAUCGGUUGUCCGAAAUUGUUAUUAAUGGAUGAGCCAUCGACUGGCUUGGAUCCUGGUGCCAAAAGAUUUUUAUGGAAUGCUAUCAGUGCCAGUAUUACAGGAGAGACUGGAGCCGUGAUCACUACACAUUCAAUGGAAGAAGCGGACGCUUUAUGUUCGAGAGUUGGUAUCAUGGUUGGUGGACAAUUACGUUGUCUGGGAUCAACACAGCAUCUGAAGAAUAAAUACGGUGGAGGAUAUCAUUUGGAUGUGAAAUUUUCAUUAGAUGUAGUAGGAAGCAACGGUAUAAAUCAAUUGAACAAUAUCACUGACUUUGUGAAGAGGGCAUUUCCCACUUCAGUACUUGGAGAGCAUUUCGGCCAUCGUGCUACAUACAAGAUACCGUCGGAUGAUAUAAAAUCAUUAGCGAAAUCAUUCGCUUCUCUUGAACAAGGCAAGUCGAAAGUUGGAAUUGUAGAGUACAGUUUUAGUCAGUCAACACUGGAGCAGGUAUUUUUGGAAUUUGCAAAAUUGCAAGAAGAUCAUCAUGACAAAGAUGAAUCGGAAGAGAGUGCUACUAGAGGAGAUAUGCUUGUGUAG